UUUGACUAAACAAACUAAAUUUGUUAAGAGUCCAUCAUUCAAAAGUCUCUCAAAAAACCCAGACUAAAUAAACAAACAGUCUGCACUUUGUCAAAGAUGUGUCUUUCUCCCAAAUUACUUGAGGAGUCGUUGCCCUUUCUCCCCAAAAAUAAAGGAAAUUAAAACCGAAGAAUUUCCAUUUCCAGUCGCAAUCGGUCCAUGAGGAGUUUAUUUUUGUUCCAGGCGCGAAAUUUUCGGCUUCUCUGAGAAUCUUUAUUUGGGUUAUAUUUAGUCAACUUCCCGGGGCUUUGGGCAGGCUAAAAAGAAUGACUUUCGGAUCGUCUUUAACGAAUCAAUUAAUCUUAAAGCAAGAAUUUAAUAAUUGAGAAACUAUCAGCAAAUGAACUUUCAAAUUCGCAAAGGUAAUCUGGUGGAUUUGUAUUUUAACGUCAAGAUGCAUGUAAAAUCAGCCAACUGGCUUGGCUAAGUGAAUUUUAAUUGAAAGUCGAGGUACCAGGACCGCCCCUAAAAUUAAGCAAUCAAGGAAAUCAAUUAGGACAGCGCUAUAUAAAGUAGCUCCAAAAUCGGACUUUAAUAAUCCGAGCUUGGACUUGUGCAAUGGACUACGAUCGAAUUCGACCGGUGCGAUUUUUGACGGGAGUGCUGAAAUGGUGGCGUCUCUGGCCGCGGAAGGAAUCCAUCUCCACGCCAGACUGGACUAACUGGCAGGCAUAUGCCUUGCACGUUCCAUUUACCUUCUUGUUUGUGUUGCUUCUGUGGUUGGAGGCAAUCAGGAGCAGGGAUAUACAGCAUACCGCCGAUGUCCUUUUGAUUUGCCUGACCACCACUGCCUUGGGAGGUAAAAUGAUCAAUAUCUGGAAGUAUGCCCAUGUGGCCCAAGGCAUUUUGUUCGAAUGGAGCACGUGGGAUCUUUUCGAGCUGAGGAGCAAACAGGAAGUGGAUAUGUGGCGAUUCGAGCAUCGACGUUUCAAUCGUGUUAUUAUGUUUUACUGUUUGUGCAGUGUUGGUGUCAUCCCACUGAUUGUGAUUCAACCGUUGUUUGAUAUCCCAAAUCGAUUGCCCUUCUGGAUGUGGACACCAUUCGAUUGGCAGCAGCCUGUGCUCUUUUGGUAUGCCUUCAUCUAUCAGGUCACAACCAUUCCCAUUAUCUGUAUUUGCAACGUAACCAUGGACGUUGUUAAUUGGUACUUGAUGCUGCAUCUGUCCUUGUGUUUGCGAAUGUUGGGCCAGCGAUUGAGUAAGCUUCAGCAUGAUGACAAGGAUCUGAGGGAGAAGUUCCUGGAACUGGUCCAUCUCCACCAGCGACUCAAGCAACAGGCCUUGGGCAUUGAAAUCUUCAUUUCGAAGAGCACGUUCACCCAAAUCCUGGUCAGCUCCCUAAUCAUUUGCUUCACCAUUUACAGCAUGCAGAUGAGUCCCGUCUUGCAGGACUUGCCAGGAUUUGCCGCCAUGAUGCAGUACCUAGUGGCCAUGAUCAUGCAAGUCAUGCUACCCACCAUAUAUGGUAACGCCGUCAUCGAUUCUGCAAAUAUGUUGACCGAUUCCCUAUACAAUUCGGAUUGGCCGGAUAUGAAUUCCCGUAUGCGGAGACUAGUUUUAAUGUUUAUGGUGUACUUAAAUCGACCGGUGACCCUAAAAGCUGGUGGCUUUUUUCAUAUUGGCUUGCCUUUGUUUACCAAGGUUGUAUUUUCUUCUCUGGAAAAUCCUUGUAUAAGUUAUCUUUAUUUCAGACCAUGAAUCAAGCAUACAGUUUGCUGGCCUUGCUGCUCAACAUGAAUCAAUAGAAACGAAGUUGUGUCCUAUAAAAUACUCCGCUUUCUAUUUUGGAUUAGCUCAAAGAUUUCGCAGCUCGUUUGGAGAUUUAUUGCCUCGCGUCUUGUUAUGCAAAGAUCUAAAAAUAUAUUUUAGCAUUGCACGAAAUACACGCUUUCCUAUAUAUACUAUAUGUUGAGUGCACAUGAAAUGUAGAAUUGCAAGUGACGAAAAUAAAAUUCGAAUUUGGACGAAGUCAAAAAUUUUGCGGGAAAAGCUUUAGCUCUGGCUAUAUGUAAUUUUCGAAAUAAACAAAGGGAGAUCGAGAUUAAAAUUAAAAUUCUAAAAACUUUGCCUCGAAAUCGUGGAAUUCUUAUAAAAUAUGUGCAUUUUAGUUUACUUAUCUACUUAAAUGGUUUUUAUAUAAGACUGCAGCGCAUCGUUUUGUUUUGUAUACGUAAAAGUCUGAAGUAAAUAUUGAAAAUGAUUGAAAACAAAGAAAAUUCACAAUCUGCCGGGAUCAUGACCCUCUAGUGGGGAAUUGAGAAGCGAAUGGGGGAGAUAAGACAACCUAGUGAUGAUAAUUCAUUGAAUUACUUUCAAAUCAUCAACUCUGAGCUAUAUUUAAUUGUAUUUAAUGUGGUUUUAUAUGCUUUAAUCAUGAGCGAGGGUGUGCAGUUCGCUCCAAAAAUAAGAUCAAACUCCAUACACUCCCUUUUCUCUUUCUUUUUUUACGUUUUGGGUGGGGAAGAUUCUUAUUAAGAUUUAUGUAUCUGGCUCUGUUUCCGUUUGUGCCACCCUCAAGGAAUCGACACACUCGACUUGGGAUGUUCCAGAAAAAAAGAUCAAAAAUGUAAAAAAAAGAAAGAUCACUUCCCAUCUAUAUCAUCUAAAUAUUUUGAGUUGAAACCAUAAAUAUUUAUGCUCUGGUGAAAGGCGGAAAAAGUUUCUUCUGAAAGCUUGAUCUGUCCGGAUAUUCCCAUGCAAUAUGCAACCGAAUGUUGCAACAGCUUUUCACACAUUGUCCAUAAACAAAAGAUUUUAAUCCAUGU